AUGCUGAAGAUGAGCUCUGUAGCCCCGACAUUCGAAWGCGGGGGUAAGUCUGAUGUAAAAAAUUAUAGACCAAUUUCAAUCUUAAGUCAUAUUGCCAAGUUGUUUGGGCUACUGGUGCUACGGAAUAUUAAACUAUCGGUUAACAAUAUAUUAAUUUACGAACAAUAUGACUUCAGACCUGAUCGCUCAUCUGUAUCGAACUUAAUUGUACUUAACAACUACAUUCUUAAAGUUUUCGAAAGUCACUCUCAGGUUGAUGUCACAUUCACGGACUUUGCUAAAGCUUUCGUCAGAGUCGACCACCAAAUUCUCAAGGAUGUUCUGUACGAGUCAGGAUUUGGUGAUCCUAUUCUUUCAUGGCUUAAAUCGUACCUAACGGGCAGAGUUCAAUGGGUCAAAGUUUUUGGGCAUACAUCUAAUGCGAUAAGAAUUCUCUCGGGUKUUCCUCAAGGAGGCCACUUGUCCGCUAUUAUUUUUUCACUAUUUAUUAAUGGCCAAAAAAAUGUGAUACCCUCCGGCCUCCACUAA